GCCAUCUCUUUCCAUCUGCGCUCUGUGAGAUCUGCUGAAUAUUUUGCUGCCUCUACAUUCUGCGCUUUCUGACUGCGAACGUAUACCAAGAUCAUAACGCCAUGGCUGAAGCGAUCCAGCAGCUGAUCCUGGACACACUAGAUAAAUUUGGUACCAUCCAGGAUACCAGGACUCUGGUCCUCCCAGGACAUACACAACCGGCUGCCAACCAUGACUCCCAGAUCAUCAUUUUGGGUGCUCUCAACUCGCUCGCGAGUCGCGAAAUGAUUACCUAUACUACACAAGAGACUGUAUCUCAUGUGCUCACUCCGGAGGGUUCACAAAUUGCGCUGCAAGGAUCCCAUGAGGCUCGCGUUUGGGCAGCGGUGCCCUUCAAAGGCGAGGGCGCGCCGAUGACUCCGAAGCAAUUGGAGGAAAGAGUAGGGGCGGACAUUGCGAAGAUCGGGCAGGGCCGUGCGUUCAAAAACAAGUGGGUCGGCAAGGAAGGGGGUGGUCUGGUCAAGAUCGCGUCAGAAAUCGUCGAUGUCACGCAGCUGGAAAUGCGUGAAGUUGAUUCGUCCGGCACGUUGAAGGUGGGAGAGAAAGAGCUGGCGGAACUGAGAAAGCGCAAGCUCAUCAUGCAAAGAAAAGGCCAAUGGUUCACUGUCCGCAAAGGGCCCGCCUUUAGCACCUCCAUCGUCAAGCCCGAGACUGAUUUAACCAUUGACAUGCUCGCGACUGGUUCAUGGAAAACAUCUACAUACAAGAAGUAUAACUUCGACGCAGAAGGUCUCCCCACAAAUGGUGGUGCGCUGCAUCCUCUUCUCAAAGUUCGCGACGAGAUCCGAAACAUCUUUCUGGAGAUGGGUUUCGCAGAGAUGCCAACAUCGUCCUUUGUCGAGUCUGGUUUCUGGUGUUUCGAUGCCCUCUUCGUACCUCAACAACAUCCUGCUCGCGAAGUGCAGGACACCUUCUACUUAUCGGACCCAUCAACAUCCCUCCCACCACCGGAAGCCUACUACUCACGCGUCUGCAAGGUACAUGAACACGGUGGGUACGGAUCCACAGGGUAUCGUGCUCCCUGGUCCGACGCUGAGUCGCGUAAGCUGCUUCUACGCACUCAUACCACCGCCUCGUCCGCUGCAAUGCUCUGGAAGCUGGCCGCGAAAUGCCGAGGAGAAAGGGACGAGGACUUGGCAGGAGAGGCAGCGCAUCCUACCCCGCUGAAAUCUGGUGAUGACGGGUUUAGGCCAGCCAAGCUGUUCAGUAUCGAUCGCGUCUUCCGGAAUGAGACGAUGGACGCGACGCAUCUGGCAGAGUUCCACCAGGUCGAGGGUGUCGUUGCUGAUCGAGGAUUGACUCUCGCGGAUCUCAUUGGUUUCAUGAGAGUGUUCUUCAAGAAAAUGGGUAUCGAGAACCUCAGGUUCAAGCCUGCAUACAAUCCAUACACUGAGCCAUCCCUCGAGAUAUUCGCUUUCCAUCCGCAACUGCGCAAGUGGGUUGAAGUUGGCAACAGCGGGAUGUUCCGGCCUGAGAUGCUGGAGCCCAUGGGCUUCCCGAAGGACGUACAUGUUCAUGGUUGGGGCAUUGGGCUGGAGAGACCUACAAUGAUUCGUUAUGGUAUCAACAACAUCCGAACGCUCGUCGGUCACAAGGUCUCGAUAGAGGGCGUAGAGAAGUCUCCUGCUGUGAGGUUCUGAAAAAGGUUGUCCGCAACAAUAAUCGUGGAAGUUGAUGAACGACGUCUGCGAGAAGCCCUUCACAUGUAGCAAGAUACCAUCUAUCAUGACGUUAUGAUCAUCUUGUUUGCCAUUCAAGCGUGCUAAAGUUACAUGGUACAACUCGUGGAAAAUCUAUCAUUGAGACUGCUUUAGAAUGAAAAGAUUGCUGCGUUCUUCCGCGAUCCAAACAUGUAAACCAAUGCUUGGCUCGUGAACAACCCGACGGUAAUACCGAUAGUGACCGCGAUCAUCGCACUUCCAAUAUCUAUGCCACUGCCUUGCGCAGUGAUACCUCCUGCUUGUGACAGGCCAGAUGGCACAAGGAAGAGCACACCCGUGACCAUGGCCGUGAAAGCAGUCCCGCCGAAUCUCCGAGAGU